CGUUCCUCGUUUGGUCCUCUAUAAUUAUUAAGAAUUCUGCGAUCUUGAGAGAAACCUUAAACGGAGUGUUUCUAUAGAAAAGGUCUAAAAAUUUGAAUAAAAUUUCUGGUGUCUUUCUUUCCUAAUUAGAGCAAACAUAAUAAUAAUUAACGUUAAAAUGGUUGAUGGUCUGGAGCAAUCGAUGAAUGUAAAACACCGUGUUAUUGUUCAACUUAGUAAGACAACGCCUGAGGAUAGUGGACGUUAUGCGCCAAUUACUUCCAUAUUUCAGGCGCCGUUGCGUCCCGAAAAGAAUGACCCAUACAUAGCUGUCGACUAUAAUAUGUUGCUUAUAAAUAAAAAUCAAUCCAGUUAUUUUUCCGGUCUUAAUAAGCAGCAAUUGCAAUUUGAUUGUGUGUGCAAUGGUUUUGAGGCGAGGGCACGUCAAGAAUUAACUAACAUGAUGGAUCAGGUAUUCCUGCAGCAUCAAAAUUGUUGCAUGAUACGAUGUACAGCAUUUCGUGAUAAUUCAGUCGCUGUGCUAAAUCAUUUAUUAGUGGUCGAAGUUAAUAAGCGUUUGCAAGCGAAUCAUAUGACCUUACAUAAUAUUAAAUGUGAAUUAUACGAAUUGCGUAAGUUUGACGUAGUGAAUCUUUUGGGUAAUAACGUAAAAGAGAAGCGAUUUCAGGGUACGAUGGACUUGCAGAGAUGGUUAAAUAAUGAUUAUGUACAUUUAGUGUCCGGUGUUCAGGGGCACGCUUGCAUCGAUAUUGUAUUCUCUUAUGCUGAUCGGCGUCACCGUGCCUUCAGUGUAAAGUUUGCAUAUAUGCAAUUCGUGGCGAGUAAACUUGAUACGGAAGCAAGAGCUGUUUUACGUAAUCGUCUUGAAAAUAUACAUAAGAAGCCGCGCGGCAAUAAUUCUGUGCUAAUGGACACAAUACGCGACUAUUUGAGUUCGCGGAACAAUAUGAAAUUGUGGAUGUUCUUUGACAUACCAGUGUACAAGAAUUCGAUUAGUCUUUCAGAUGAAAUGGUGAAAAUCGCAAGUGCUGCUUAUACUGGCUUCGAGAAUAUGCUGAGCGGUAGUAAGAGUCAAGAUUCAACAGGUGAUUUGGAAAUCGUCUUACCUUACGAUGACCUCGUCGCCGAAGAUCCCGCCUAUCUUAAAAGUUUACAAACUAAAAAAUUUACGACUGCUAUCGCUAGCAGCAUGACCGAAUAUAAUAACUUAAGUACUUGGUAUACAAAAAUUGAUGAAAGCUUUCAACAUGUCGUCACAACCAUGCAAGCUUACUAUGAUUGCAAAUACAAUAUUCGAAUUAAGAGACUUUGCUCCGACCUGCAUCGUAUGAUGGCUUAUAAUGAGUUCGAAACUGUGGCUGAUGAUAAGGAUUUGUCUUCGUUAUAUUCGGAAGAAGACCAAAGUGACGAAUCGAUUCAUCUAUUAAAGAAUUGUCUUCUUGAAUAUCGUAACGCAGUCGCGAUCUUUCGUUCACUAAUCGACGAGAUAUCACAAUCGAAACGCUACGAAUCAUUGAAGGUAUAUUUACGCACCAAAAAUUUUGAUCUAUUGCGAAAUUCAAUGGACUUUAAAAUGAAAAAAUUGCUGGAAUGUCAAAAGGGCUUAGCACGUACUAUCAACGAAGAAAUGGACCUUAUCAAGUCAUUGAAGAAUCCAAAUGCCGUCGAUAAAAAUUAAUUGGUAUUCUCUGCAUAAGUGAAAGCGGGAAAUUUUUUUGCAAAAAAAUACAUUAA